UGGCGUCACUUCCCGUACCAACUGGCAGUUGUUGUUGCGGGAGCGCCAUGUUGGUUCAAACAAAAGAAACAACUUCAUUUCCUUGAUAACAGUUCAUGAUAUGCCGCGACGCAAUGGCGGAAUAUAACCUGCUUCUCAGCUUCUCAUAAGUCGGAAAUGUUCAUAAUGCCUUUUCCAAUUAGCAGUCAGGUGCAGACAGCCCAGCAGACCCCAAAGCAUUAUGGGAUCACUUCCUCAAUCAGCCUGGCACAACCUAAAGAGGCAGAUCUGGUUCUCACACAGAAGCUGAUCGAGACGCUCCGACCCUUCGGCGUUUUUGAGGAGGAGCUGGAGCUGCAGCGGAGAAUCCUAGUGCUGGGGAAGCUAAAUACAUUGGUUCAGGUGUGGAUUCGUGAAGUCAGUGAAGUGAAGAAUAUUCCGUCAUCUGUGAUUGAUAAUGUUGGAGGAAAAAUCUUCACGUUUGGCUCCUACAGACUUGGAGUUCACACCAAGGGUGCUGAUAUUGAUGCUCUCUGUGUCGCACCCCGUCAUGUGGAGAGAUCAGACUUCUUCUCCUCGUUUUAUGAGAAACUAAAGGAGCAGGAGGAAGUCAAAGACCUGAGGGCGGUGGAGGAAGCAUUUGUACCAGUGAUAAAGCUGUCCUUUGAUGGCAUUGAGAUUGACAUACUAUUUGCCCGACUGGCGCUACAAACCAUUCCAGAAAACCUGGAUUUGCGAGAUGAUGGCUUGCUAAAGAAUCUUGACAUUCGCUGCAUCCGGAGUUUAAAUGGAUGCAGAGUUACUGAUGAAAUUCUUCACCUGGUGCCCAACAUUGAGAAUUUCAGAUUGACUCUAAGAGCCAUCAAACUGUGGGCCAAACGUCAUAAUAUCUACUCAAAUAUCCUGGGUUUUCUGGGGGGUGUAUCAUGGGCCAUGUUGGUUGCGAGGACCUGUCAACUUUACCCCAAUGCUGUGGCAUCCACGCUGGUCCAUAAGUUCUUCUUGGUUUUCUCAAAGUGGGAAUGGCCAAACCCUGUCCUUCUGAAGCAGCCUGAAGACUGUAAUCUCAACCUCCCAGUCUGGGAUCCCAGGGUAACCCCCAGUGACCGGUACCACCUCAUGCCAAUCAUCACCCCAGCUUACCCUCAACAAAACUCCACUUACAAUGUGUCCACCUCUACUCGGGCCAUCAUGGUGGAAGAGUUCAAGAGGGGUCUUGCAAUCACGGAUGAAAUAUUGCUGAAUAAAGCAGAAUGGUCCAAAUUAUUUGAAGCACCAAACUUCUUUCAGAAAUACAAGCAUUAUAUAGUGUUGCUAGCAAGUGCACAGACAGAGAAGCAGCACUUAGAGUGGGUGGGCCUCGUGGAAUCAAAGAUCCGAAUCCUGGUGGGAAACCUGGAGAAGAAUGAGUUCAUCACACUCGCUCAUGUGAAUCCACAGUCAUUCCCCGGACCAAAAGAGGAGACUGACAAGGAGGAGUUCAGCACAAUUUGGGUAAUAGGUGUUGUGUUCAAAAAAAUGGAGGGUCCAGAAAAUCUUAAUGUGGACCUGACGUUUGACAUCCAGUCUUUCACAGACACUGUUUACCGGCAGGCGAUCUCUAGUAAAAUGUUUGAGCCAGAUAUGAAAAUCACAGCCAUGCAUGUGAAGAGGAAACAACUGCAACAACUACUGCCCAAAGUUGCCAUUCAGAGGAGCAAGAGAAAGCAUUCAUCUGAUGGGCUGCGUGCGAUGAAUGAUGGCAGUCUGGAUCUAUCAGUGGACAGUGACAACAGCAUGUCAGUGCCGUCCCCCACGGGCCCUUCGGCUGCCAAGAUCGCCCGUGCCUCCAGCCCUCUGGGCUCCACUGGGACGGCCACAAACACCUCAGAUUUCCAGGGAAAAAUGGAUUCUUCAAGAGUGGACGGCACUAAGCCAGAUAAUGUUGGGACUUCCAGCAGCAAUGACGCACAAAUGGGUGCAGUUCCACUAAAGCGGCCCGCCUCCCCAGUUCAGCACGACUCGGAGAAGAAACCCAAAGUGGAUGGUGUACAGCAAACCCCUCAUCCCAGUCCAUGUUUAUCUGCUGACCCUGCCAAUAACAGACCUGCCUCACCCAUUGGGAAUGAGACAUCCAAGAAAGCCAAAGUGGAGGAGCUCUCAACCCCAGAAGAAACGUCCUCUGGUGAAACUGAUGGCCAUGUAGCUGUGGAUCCAGAGCAGAGCGUUGACGUGGUUCCUUCAGAGGGUGAAACUAAAACACAGACAGAAUUAACGGCAGUGGACACUGCAGAGAAGAUACCGCCUACACAGAUAACCUCUAACGCUGAUCUGUCGGACGUCCCGCUCCUCCCGUCGCACCCCAUCCCCGUGGUCAAGAACUCCAUCAAGCUGAGACUCAGCAGGUAGAAGCGGCUCAUCUUUGGCCAGUCUCUGGUCCUCAGGAGGUGGAAGUCUCUGUUUCCUGCCCAUGUGUACCUCAGAUCUCCACAAGGGGGCAGCUCUGUUCUUCCACACACUUCCCUGUGCCCUCUCCCUCACCAGUGGAAAAGAAAAAGAGAUAUCUGAAAACCUCAAUGUGAUUUAAGGUGUUUGUGUGAUUUGGUGCACAUGCUUUGUAAAUCCUAUCAUCCUUCUGUUUUGACCUGAAAGACGGUGAUGCUUUAUGUCCCAACCCUCGCCCCUCUUUCUUUUGUAAAUGGGUAAAGAGGCAUGUAAUUAUGUUCCAGGGCAGAGAUGGUCCAUUGGAGACCAAUCCACCAUACUGUACAGAGCUGAAGGUGUAGAUGAGCAUCAAAGCGUGCUCCGUAGCUGGAGAUGCUCUGAAUCCGCGUCAACUAUUGACACUACUAAUCUGACGUGGAAAAUGCACAGCGGAGGACAUAGCUAGCUCAUCCAGAGGAGUCUAGCUCACUAAUGCAGCUGUAAUUUAACCAAAUCAGUCUCAGAUUAGUGUAAACGCCAUCGUUGCGCUCCGCUGUCUUAGAAGGGCAUUAAUUAUGGGCGUUAUUAGGAGUGGAAUAGCUAGUAUUCCCAGCAUGCUCCGAGGAGAACAGUGCUGGCCGUUCAUUUAGGCUUGUUUUGCCACGUGUAUGUAUGUGUGUGUGUAUAUAUAUAUAUAUAUAUAUAUAUAUAUAUAUAUAUAUAUAUAUAUAUAUAUAUAUAUAUAUAUAUAUAUUAAAAUAGAGACGACAAUAUUGAACCUUUUAUUUGCAUUAAACAGCUUAGUUUUCUUGUUAUAUGCUGGGAUUUUCCUAAUGUGGAAUCAAAGGUGCGUUUCGAAUUAUUAAUGUGAUUAAAAAGACAGGUCAUCUCGUUACUGUUGACCUGAUUUUCAGGAUAUGGAUGUAAAAAUAUAAAAGACUGAUUUAAGUUUAAAUGAAUGAUGGUUUAUUGGGGCAGGAGAGUGAUUUAGUUGAUUUCUGAAAUGUGUCCAAACUUUUCUUACUCUGUUGUUGGUCUGUGUUGACUGUGGAUUGGUGUUUAAGGGUAAAGCUGCCGCCCCGGGGACAUUGUGGUCACAGCACAGAUUCACUCCUGUGAAAUGCCUCCUAUGGCCUUUCAAUGUUCUUUCAUACGCUUAUUUGUAAGGACACGGUAUUGUACUUUUUCACCAAUAAAAGUCUACGUUGUUGCAAAGAGAAA